AUGGGCGCUGGCGGCGCAUCGGUGCUGCAACCAUUGGACAAACAAACUGCAACUGCUUUUGGCCGCUGCUAUGAGGCGGCGAUGUCGGAGCAACGAUCCAUCCACGGUUUUCCGCUGAGAGGGGUCGGGGACACCUCGCCGGGGACCAUCGUGUGGGUGCGCCGGAGGAACGGCUCCUGGUGGCCCGGCAGGAUCCUGGGCCAAUCCGAGCUGCCGCCGUCGCAGAUCAUGUCUCCAAGGUCCGGCACGCCGGUCAAGCUUCUCGGCCGCGAGGACGCCAGCGUUGACUGGUACAACCUUGAGAAAUCAAAGCGCGUUAAAGCAUUUAGGUGUGGGGAGUUCGAUGCCUGCAUUGAGAGGGCAGAGGCUACUCAAGGGACUCUUUCGAAGAAAAGAGAGAAAUAUGCACGGAGAGAAGAUGCCAUUCUUCAUGCCCUUGAAUUAGAGAGGAAACUGCAUCAGACUCAAGGUUUCAGACCUGCCUACUUUUCUGCUUGCACGAAACAUCGCAAAGACCUUGGAAGUACUCGCUACAAGAGCAAAAAGAGGAAAAGAAAAGAUGUAUCUGCUCUUCCUGCAAAAAAAGAAGCUGGGCAGUAUUUUCUCAAUGCCGGUUUGAAGAUAAACUUUUCAGAGUCGCAGGGCACCUCAGAGAAUCUUAUCAGUAACCACAUUGGAGACUUAUCCCAUGUGAGACAUAUUCAGGGUGGAGCAAGUUUAGAGAGCAAGGAGAAUUGUACAAUUGUGAAAAAGAAUAGAUCGGAUGGAAGUGAUUUCGAUGAAUCUAUUGAAAAAUGUGACAGACACCGACCACUUGUUCAAGUCUUGCAGAGCAGUGCAAACUUGACGCAGCACUCGCCGCACAAUGAUGAUUAUGGGGCUAUCUUAAUUGGGGGAGAUAAAGAUCCAUCACCUGCCACCUAUCGGGCUAAAAGAAGUAUAUAUGCAUACCUGCCUAGUGAUUCUGGUGAAACUCAUAGUCAUAGUGAUUUACCUUCUGCUCAAAUGGUUUCUACAGGAGCUGAUUUUGACACCGAAAGUUAUCUUCAGCAUCCAGAUUCCUCUUCUGAGGAACAUACAUCUUCAGACUUUGUUGAGAAACACGUAUCUGAGUCUUCAGAGAGGGAAUGCUCAGAAAGUGAAACAGAAGAUGAUACGGAGCUUUUGCAAAGUGCUAAUAGGAUUCUGCCUCCAGAGUUACGCCCCCGUGAUCCUUAUUUCCUUCGGACUUCUGACAGGUUUGGACAUGUGGAUAAUUAUGAUGAUGAUGAUGAUGACAAUGAGGUCGCCUAUUCUGCUUAUAUGCAUCAAUUGAAUCAAUCAGAGGAAGAGGAUGGUUCUUCUGAGCAGGGUGUCUCCCGCUGGCAUAUAAAAGGUAAACGUAAUAACCGUAGUGCAGUGAAGAAAUCAACCCAUAUGACGGAUGGAAAAUCCUGUUUGGAUAAACCCAAUGGUCUCAUGAAAGGAUCUGUGUACAACACAAAUGGUAUAAAUCAUAGAAAAGAGAGUGUGCAGACAUCCGAUCAGCAAGUGCUUAGUAACCAAAUCAAAGAGGAGCCCCACUAUGAUUCUGAUGAAACAGAUCUAUUCGAGGGCACAAGCCACCCUGAGGUUAACUUGUAUCAUAGUCGAACAUACCCAUCAUCCUUGAAAGCUACAAGAGAUCUUAGCCGAAGCUAUAUCUAUUAUAAUGACUAUGAAAAUGAUUCUUCCAAGAUUUCUCCACCUAACUGGGAUACAGAUCAGAUAUUUCGUGUUGAUCGGAAGGCAUAUUGGGACGAACCUUCAUUUUACCAAAGAAAUGGCAGUUCACGUUUGGGUCGCAUGGGCCCAAUGUUGUUUGAUAUUGACUUGAAGGUCCAAGCCAGCUACCAUGGAGAGCAUGUUCCUCUUGUUUCCUUGAUGAGCAGACUGGAUGGCAAAGCAAUUGUUGGACACCCUAUCCAAAUUGAAAUACUUGUUGAUGGUUCCACUGACCACCUGGUUUCUGGUGGUGAUAUUAGUAUGGAAGAGAGCACAGGAGCUCCAACUGCCUGGCAUACAGGCAGGAGGACAGCCAUGCAAAGAAUUCCCCGUUCUAAUCCUUUAGGAGCAUCAAUGGACUGUGGCAAUGAAGGCAGGCUUGCAUAUCCAGACUGGGAAAUGAAACCAGUCUUCAGUAAAUACUCAACUUCCGCAAAUCACCAGGUUAAGGGUGAUAAGAAAAGCAUGUCAAAUAGUAAGAAGAGGUCAUCGGCAUCCAAAUCUCAAAAGAAGCCAUCCAAGAAGGCAAGUCUGUCAAGCCAGAAGGUCAGAACCCUCUCUUCCAUUCCCACUGGAAGAAGGCAUCAUGGAGGUGGCACUCAAGCAAAGCCGCGUACGCACAGUGGCAUUUUCGGUGACUUGAUCAAACCAGACAGAGCAAUUCCACCAGUUACAUGUGUCCCUGCAAAGGUUGUGUUCACAAGGAUACUGGAAGCAGUUGGUAGGCCACCUCUAGCUGCUGCUCGCCGUGUGAGAAUGAGUCAAGCUAUUCAAUCAUUUGGGCUGCAUCAUUUGGAUAACUCAGGGAUAGCUGCGCUCUUCAACAGUAAUGACAACAUCAACAUGUAA